CGACACCCCGCCAGCUCAACCUAGAAUUGCAGCUCGGAUGCAGCUCUGCAGUCUGCACCAUGGACCCAAAGGUUCAGUGGGGCCAUCGCAUGUGAAGCCGAUACAGACGAACCCGAUACAACAACAGAAAGACGAGCCACCGCCUGCUGCGCAACUCGUGUCCUGCCCACCAUGGUAGGCAAACAAACCCAUUAUUGCUAUUGCUGCCUCAACGAUGGCGAGGGUGCCAUCUGACAACGAAAUGCAGGAUGAGGACGACAUUGAGGACCUUCUCGGCCAGUUGCGAGACGAAGGAGUCGGCGCCGCUCAAAACAUCCACCAUGCCGCCCACCGCACUCUGGUCUCUAGAGGGGUCCAGAGGACUGUGAUCAGCGCGACAUUGCUCAUUGUCGGCGGCGCCCUGCUCUACAUCCCCGCCGUGGUGCUCUACCUGGUUCUCUACUACAGGUACCUCCCGGACAUGGUCACAACGGUUCCCGUGCACUUACAAUAUGGCGUCGGCCCCAACCCGUUCGGUAUCGCCGCCCUCCAGGCACGACAACGCGUGCACGACCGGCAGCCCUACGACAUCACCGUCUCGCUGACUCUCCCUCGCUCCCCUGCGAACCUCGACCGCGGCAACUUCAUGAUUGCCCUGCAUCUUCUUUCCUCCCUCGACAUCACCCCGCUGCCCCUCCCAUACAUCACCCCCUCGCCGCACACCCCGGACCACUACGCCGGCCCUCCUACCUCCCUGGUUCCAACCCGCGUCGACCUCCCCACCUACCUGACCUCCACGCGCAUCCUCUACACCUCAACCCGCCCGGCGCUGAUCCCUUACACGGACCCAGUCGCCUCACUGGCCAGACGGGUCCUGCUGCUGGGCUACCACGUGCUGUUCCCGCGUCGCGCCGCCGCCGUGCGCCUCGAAGUGCCCAUGGCCGAGCAGGUCUCUUUUAGCGAGCCGUCUUCGUCGUCGUCCUCCUCCAAGCGGCUCGGAUCGUCAGCCACCGGUUUCCCGACCAGUCUGCUCCUCGAGGUCCAGGCCGGCCAAAGCAUCCAGGUGUACGACGCCAGCGUGACCCUUACGGCGCGGCUGCACGGCCUGCGCUGGUUCAUGCACGCCUGGCGGGCCACGGCCUUCGUCGCGCUCACCUGCGGCUUCUGGGCGGUUGAGAUGGUGGUCAUGGCCGGCUUCAUGCUGGCCGUCACGUGGUGCUUGAGGGGGAUUGAGUCGACCUGGUGGGGGAAAGACCAGGAGGGCGAGAGAGGAGAGGAGGGCAAUCAUGACGGAAAUGGUGGAGCUGGAGUUGGCAACGGGGAGAGGUUGAAGGCAGAGGAGGGGAAGGGGAAGGUCAAGAUUGAGCAGGGUGCUUCUCCUCUCCCGUCCCCUUUUGCUCCAGCUCCUACUUCCGCCGCAAAGGGCAAGGAGAAGGAAGUGAAGGAGGAAGGGCAGGGGGGGGAGAGGAAGAUGGCUACCGUGCCGGAUAUCGGCGCCAGUCAAGCAGGCGCAGAGGCGGAUGAUGCGGAUGAUGGAGGAGAGAGUGUCAGGUCGAGAGCCUUGGGGGAAGGCACGAGUUACAGUAGCCAGGUCAGCGGAGAAGGAGCCCGCAGGCGGAUAUCUAGCAGAGGGGCAUCCGGGUGAGAGGCAUCGGAGUGUGUGCGGCGGGACUGGUGUUUUGGCGUUUCUGGCAUUUUUGGCAGGGCAUGCUCAUAGUGCCCCUGUAUGAGAUAGGAUUGAUUUGAAAUUGGUGUGUGACCUAACCUACAAGAUACCUCUACCUCACAGUAUGCGCUCCUCGGACAAGUCAUCUAAGUGGAAGGUAGGCAAGACUACUGUACCUAACUAAGGUCGUCAACCUUUGCUAGCAGCC